UUGGAGAAGUCUAAUAGCGAGGAAGAAAAAGAGGAGACCAAGGCACCAGAUCCCCCUGAGGAGGAAGAGGAGGAGGAAGAGGAGGCUGCUGCGGCUGCAGCUGCUGGCGCUGCUGCGCCUGCUCCUGCUCCUGCUCCUAGGAACCCCCUGCAGAGAUCUCAGUCCAGGAUUGAAAAGAAGGUCUGUGAGGUGGUACAGUACCUGCUAGUGAAGGAUCAGACAAAAAUACCCAUCAAGCGGACUGAUAUUGUGAACACCAUAAUUAAAGAAUACAAGGAAAUGACCACAGAAAUCAUCAACCGAGCUGGUCAGAUGCUGGAACAGGUGUUUGGAAUAGAGCUGAAGGAGAUUGAUGACAAGGCCCCUGCUUAUGUGCUCCUUAACAAAUUGGAGCCUCUGGAAGAAGAUGACAGUAUGAGACCAAAACAUGAUACAGCAAAGAUGGGACUUCUGAUGGUGAUUCUCAGCCUCAUUUUCAUGAAGGGGAACUCUGCUAGGGAGGCUGUGGUGUGGGACAUGCUCAGGAAGAUGCGACUUAACCCAGACAAGAAGCAUCCACUGUUUGGGGAUGUGAAGAAGCUGGUUACUGAUGAGUUUGUCCGCCAGAGGUAUUUGGAAUACAACCGGAUUCCCUACACUGAUCCUGAGGAGUUUGAGUUUCUUUGGGGACCGAGAGCUUUCCUGGAGACCAGCAAGAUGCAGGUCCUUCGCUUCGUGGCUAAGAUCCAAAGGAGAGACCCUCGCAGCUGGGCAGUCCAGUACAAUGAAGCUCUUCAGGACGAGGCAGCGACUGCCUCUGCCUCCACUGCUUCUGCUUCUGCCUCUGCCUCUGCCUCUGCCUCUGCCUCCUCCGCUUCUGCCUCCACUGCUUCUGCCUCUGCCUCCGCCUCCGCCUCCGCUUCGGCUUCAGCCUUGGCUGAGCCUGAUGUCCUGGCUGAGACCGAUUCUGAGUCUGAAACUGAGGCUGAAGCCUGUGCCUCUGCCUCUGCCAGUUUCUUGGGGUAGGAGAGCGCCCAGUCCAAGUCCCCCUUUGAGGCGGCAGCUUCGUUCUACGGGAACAUAGUAGUUAUGAGUUAAGACCCAUCCUGUGUAGUCUGGGGUCUAAUAAAAUUGCAAGUUGA